AUGCCUGCAGAUAACGAACAACAAGACUCUCACAACGAUACGUGGCAUCAAUUCUUGCAGAAACCUUCAAUUUCUGGAUCUCUCUGUAAGUGGUCGAACAUUCGCUCUGUUGUUGCCAAAAAUAACGCGAUAGAAUGGAUGGACUUUGGUGGUAUGGAUAAAUUAUGUUAUCUGGAUCUCUCAAAGAACAAUAUUAGGAGGGUGCAAGAAGCCCUGAACGGUUGCACCAACAUCAUGUUCCUCAGUUUGGCAUACAACAAUAUUGUUAAAUUAAAGUUUUUUAGAGUUCAGAAUUUUAUCAAUGAUUUUUUUACAGAUGAACUAGGCAACCUUAGCAAUCUUCAGUACCUGAACGCAUCAAACAACCAACUCAUCACAUUGUCGGAAUUCUCUCACUUGCACUCUCUCCAAAUCAUCAACAUCUCUUCAAAUUAUUUAUCCUCAAUUGAUAAGGUUCAAUCGUGGAGGAUAGCAAAAUGUGGGAGUUUCAUUGCUUGCUUGAAUUUAACAUCUUUAAAUAUCUCGUGCAAUCACAUCGAGGAUGUAUCUACGGUAAUUAAUUCGUUGAAAGGGAAUGACAGUUUAAGAUUGUUGGACGUUUCCAACAAUCCAUGCACAUGCAUUGCUAACUACAAAAAUUUGCUAAGUAGCGCACUGCCCUGUUUGGGCCACGAUCGAAAUAAUCGUACAUCUCACAUGGAUCAGUCGGAACUGUCGUUGGUGAAGGAUUAUUAUGAAUGUUACGAAAAAUUUUCAGCCUUUUUCGAAAACCAAUCAGACCUUGCCUUUUGUGAGAGAUUAACAAUGUUUAAAAAUGUGGCAAGCGAGUUUCGUGACUCGGCCGUUGCGUUAAAAAAAUUUUACGAGAAAGAUGUUGAUGCAGAUGGUUUGAUGCCGUGUUGGUCACCAAAACAUAUCAUACCAGUAUCAUGUCAGACAGUUGACGGCACGACAUUAUCAACAACAGCAUCAACAGCACCUACAUUAAUGGAGAUGACAUCAACAAGUUCAACAUUGAUGUAUUCAUGCAUGAAAACUACAUCAAAUAUUUCCGAAGCGUCAUUCAAUAAUUUUUCGUUAUCUUCUGCAUCUGUUACAAAUAAAUCAGAGACAAGCACAAAACAACUAACUGGCACCAGCGCUACGCAAUCAUCAUCUUUGUCGCCACCAACAUGUAAAAUAAUUUCUCAACCAAAUAACGAUCACAUUGCCGUUGUUAAAAUUCAGAGUCUCUGGAGGGGUUAUUCAGUGAGGAAAAAGAUGCGAAUGAUUAGAAGCGAUCUACAAAUUGAUGACGAUGAUGAUGGUGGUGGUGGAGGAGUUUUCAUGAAACAUUUGACAGCAGAUGAUCAUUUUUAUAAUGAAAAUGAAGACGGUGAUGACCUCGAUCUAGCAUUCCACAAAUAUUUGAAUGAGACUUCUAAACAAAAAAAUGACAGCAACAGAAUUUUUAAAGAUUAUGAACAAUACAAACAAGCAUGGAUUGACUCAGAAAACUCAUUUGAAACCGGUGAAUCAAAUGAUUUCGAUUGGUCUAACCGUCAUCAUGACAUCAACAAAAAUAGAAAAGUUGACAGCGAUAUUCUUCUGCUAUCACCUCACUCGCUACAUUUAAGAGGAGUAAAAUCUCCGCCCUCGUUUUCGUCGCCACCACCACCAGCGGGAAACAAUCAACCAUCUUCAAGAAGUCAGAGGUCCUCCAACGAUAGCAGGAUUUCGUUUGCGGGAUCAAGAAGGGUCAGGACCAAUAGAUUGGUGAAAAAUGAAGAAGCUGCUAAUGAAUGGGGAUUCAACAACGAAAGAUCGAAAGAAUUGUUUCUCAAACGACUGCGCAAAUUAGAAAAACCUGUCAACCGAAAAAGAUUUGAACUCAAAGGCCACAGGAGUAGCGAGGUGAUGCACUACACAUCAUUCCCGAUCAUCGUUCAAACGCCCGACAGAUCAAGCGCAUCGAGUUCUCCAGCUGAAAAAAGUAAACCUUCAAUUCAGAAGUUACCCUACAUAAUUGACGCUUCUCAGAGGAAUACAAAUUUCAAUAAAAGGAGUCGCUCAAACUCAAAUAGAGAAAAAACCGUUUUCAAAUAA